ACGGGCAUUACUGGAGUUUGGAUACAAAGAACAGUAAGCCAAGAUGCCUCGUUCUGCUACCAAGUCCAAAUCCGACAAGCCUAAAGGCAGAGCAUCUGCCAAAGAGACCACACCUGUGGACCUUGAACCAAAAGCAGAUGCUGUCAUCCCUCAACGCUUUAAUCAGGUCAUGUGGACCAAUAUGUUAAUCCAAGAGGACACAGAUGAAGUUGUUGGGGAGAUUAUGGACGAUCUGCUCAUCCAAGUGAUGGAUGGCUGUUAUAAAGUGUACAUGGAGAGACAGCUUGCACAUUCCUGUGCUUCCUGGGCCAAGAGUUAUAUCACACAAAUUCUAGAGCACAAGUUUUGGUGCCUAGAUGCAGAAGGCCUACAGGAGGCAUCUAUAACAGAGGACUCAGAGCCAUUGCCAGCACCUCCAGAUUCUUGGGCUCAGGGAUGUGUUCCUGUCAUACAUACUACUCAUCAGCCUCAUCCUACUAUCCAAAAGAACGUUGAUUCUGCUCAAAAGCAAUGUGAUGUAAUAACCUCUCUGCAAAAGCAAGAUGAAAACGAAAGCUCGAGCCAAGGAAAGCUAAAGACUGACACGCACUAUAAUGUGCUGAGUCCUUUAACGCCACCAGAAACAAACCGUCAGAGAAAGAAGCAGGUGACCGUCCCUCCCAAGGCUGUUCCAAGCAAAUCCCUACCAUCCCUGUCCUGCUCCACUGCUAAACAAAUUGUGGAGGGAGAGGGUAAAAAGUCGCAAGGCUCUGUUGAUAGACGGAAAUGUGCAUCUUUACAUCAUCUUAAAGACUGCAAGCCCAUACCAAAACUGGAUCCUCUUUCCUUACCCCGUCAUUGGAUUGUUCCACAGUAUGAAGUUGUGGACAACAACAAAACAAAAGCCAAACCAAAAAGACUCUGC